AACGUGCUGGCCGGGCGGGGGUCACCCCCACGCCCCGAAUGCGGCGGUGGAGAGCAUUCCUCCGGCCUCGCUCCUGCACACGAAGGGGAGGCGCGGAAUAUUGCGUGGACGGGAGAGAGCCCGGCCGCCCCGUCCAGGCUGUUCCGCGGGAUGGCGGCGGGCCCCCCCUCAGGGCUGGGCGCUGCGCCCUAGCAGCCGCCGGGCUACAUCCGCGCUGCCGGGGCCCGGAGCCGGGCGCAGCCCAGACCCGGCUGUGCCUCAUCCCGUCUCCUCCGCGCCCUGGGACUCUUUUCGCCUCCCCGCCCCGUUCCCGGCCAUCGCAGCAGGCAUGGGCUGUUUCUGCGCGGUCCCAGAGGAAUUUUACUGCGAAGUUUUGCUCCUGGACGAGUCUAAACUGACCCUGACCACACAGCAGCAGGGCAUCAAGAAGUCAACAAAAGGGUCGGUUGUCCUGGGUUACGUAUUUCGUCACUUAAAUUUGGUGGAAAUAGAUUACUUUGGACUGCGCUAUUGUGACCGAAGUCAUCAAACGUACUGGCUGGAUCCUGCAAAGACCCUUGCUGAACAUAAAGAAUUGAUAAACACUGGACCACCAUACACUCUGUAUUUUGGCAUUAAAUUUUAUGCAGAAGAUCCAUGUAAACUUAAGGAAGAAAUAACAAGGUAUCAGUUUUUCUUGCAAGUAAAGCAAGAUGUUCUACAGGGCCGUUUGCCUUGUCCAAUCAACACUGCAGCACAGCUGGGAGCAUACAUAAUUCAGUCUGAGCUGGGGGACUACGACCCAUACAAACACACCACAGGUUACGUCUCUGAGUACCGCUUCGUUCCUGACCAGAAGAAAGAGCUGGAGGAUGCCAUAGAGCAGAUACACAAGACUUUGAUGGGUCAAGUUCCUGCUGAGGCAGAAGUGAACUACUUAGGUGUGGCCAAAUCUCUGGAAAUGUAUGGAGUGGAUCUCCAUCCUGUUUAUGGUGAAAACAAAUCUGAAUACUUUUUAGGAUUAACGCCCAUAGGAGUUGUUGUCUACAGGAAUAAAAAACAAGUAGGAAAGUAUUUCUGGCCUAGAAUUACGAAAGUUCACUUCAAGGAAACACAGUUUGAACUUCGAGUCCUGGGAAAAGAUUGCAAUGAAACUUCCUUCUUUUUUGAAGCACGUAACAAGGUCACAUGCAAACAUCUCUGGAAAUGCUGUGUAGAGCAUCAUACUUUUUUCAGGGUGCCAGAGAAUGAAUCAAACUCGCUGUCAAGGAAAGUCAGCAAGUUUGGAUCCAUAGGUUAUAAACAUCGGUACAGUGGCAAAACAUCUUUGCGAAUGACCAGAGACCCUUCUGUGCAGCUUCCACGGCCUGACCAGAGCAUUGAAAGAAGUCGCAGCAAGACUUACCCCAAAAGAACACAACAGACAGGUUCUAAGAACAUGAGCCAGAUUACAACAAAUGGGGAAAAUGAAGGAACUAGCAAAAUUAUUGCACCUUCUCCAGUGAAAAGCUUUAAAAAGAUGAAAGAUGAAAACAGUCCACAAACACAAAGAAGAAAAACAAGCGCUUCAUGGGAGGAAAAUGGCCCACAGAGUGGACUGUAUAAUUCUGCCAGUGACCGCAGUAAAUCACCAAAGUUUCCUUACUCUUGCCGAAGGAACCCAUCUGGUGGCAGUGAGAAUGAGUCUGGGCAGCCAGUUCGGAGGAGGAAAAAUCAAAACAGUGGUGAAGAUUCAGAUUUAAAGCAAAGGAGAAGGUCACGGUCCCGCUGUAACACCAGCAGUGGCACUGAAUCCGAAAAUUCCAACAGAGCGCAUCGGAAGAAGAGAAACAGAUUACGGCAAGAGAAUGAUAUGGUUGACCUGGCUCCUCAGUGGGAAGCUGUGCUGCGGCGGCAGAAGGGUAAAACCCAAGCUGAUCCAAACUACCGACGAUCCAGGCAUCGAUCUCGAUCGAGAAGCCCAGAUGUACAAGCUAAAGAAGAACUGUGGAAACAUAUUCAGAAGGAGCUUGUGGAUCCAUCUGGCCUAUCUGAGGAGCAAUUGAAAGAAAUUCCGUACACUAAAGUAGAGACUCAAGGUGACCCCAUCCGCAUCCGGCACUCACACUCCCCUCGCAGCUACCGGCAGUACCGGCGGUCUCAGUGCUCUGAUGGGGAGAGAUCUAUCCUGUCUGAAGUGAAUGUCAAAACUGAUAUGAUCCCUCCACUACCUGUUACACGGUCUUCAGAUGGGAAAGGUCCCAGCAUACAGCUGACUCAACAGAGGCAGAAUGGAUCUAAAGACAGCCUAAUAGAAGAACUAUCUCUGCUAUCCACUAAUAAUGUUGAUGGAAAACCUGCCACUAAGAUCGUAAAAACUGUACAGGUGCCACGCUGCAAGGUGGAGACUUGACUGAUGAAUUGAAGAUGGUGAAUGGAUUUUGGUCUUUAGAAAGUCAGAAUUUGUUCAUGUGUACAAGGGAAGGAACUGAAGUUGAUGUGGUGAUCUUUCCUUCAGGACACCUGGAAGUGCAGCCUGUUUGCUGGGAAGACCAAAGCAAUGGUUUUAUCACCAACACCAUUCUAGUGGUGUGUCUGAUUGAGGACAAGCUGCCUGAUAGACAACCAAAACCAAAAGUCUUUGCAAAACUGAGAGAUCAGCAGUUACAUUUCCAAAAAAUGAACAACAAGAAAAAAAUUGCUGCAACAAAACAGGCUUCAUGGUCUUCUCUGGAACUGAAUUGCCUUGUUCUAAGAAGUGACUGUUAACUGAGAUGAUCAGGACCAGAUGCUUCAAGAUAAGUAGAAUAGUCAUAUUUUUUGUCAAUUGUGCAAUACAGUGCGAUAUGGGGAAGUUAUCUUCACAAUUUAUAUGGGGAUCAACUUAUGUCCUGAGACAUAAGGAAGAUAGCUCUUACAAGGGUUAUUUUAGCCUAGCAUAGUACCAAAUGCUCCUGUUGUUGAUACAAAUUCUGACUCAACUCAUUUUAGCUCAAAAACAAAGACUCCAUAACAUGCUAUAUCAAUGAGUUCCAGAGGUGAUACAGACUUACUUUGCUUUGGGCAGGUUUAAGUGUCCUAAAUUUUGAAUGUCCUUUUGUGUAGAGACACUAUUUAAAUGAACAUCCCAUACCACAGAAAUAUAUUUACCAACUUGUAGUAAAGCACACUGGAAAAUGGGAAAUAUAAAUUGACCCACUGUGUUAAGACUGCUUAGCAAGGCACUUCAGUGCUGGUUAAAUUAAACUUGUGGAGUAGUAUUUAAGAUAGCACUAGAUAAGCAAAAUCUGUCUUAGUAUCUCAUAUAAAAUAAUCUGACAUUUUGCUCUGAGCCAUUUCUUUGUUAAAAUUACAACGGAAGUAUUUUGGGUAUGAUAACUAUAGGGUUUGUUUUGUUUUGUUUUGUUUUUUGUUUUUUUGUCGUGGCAGGAAUGCUGUUUUAAUUAUGCUGCACACUGAGUGGGUUAUCUUCUAAUAUAUAUCUAAAGUGAUGCCUGGCUCUCCUCUUGUCCUAACACUUCUUACAAAUAUCUGAAAGUCACUUCUCAGUCUCCCAUUUGUACACAGUCAGCACACUGAUGAGCCUUCAGGUGUUGCUGACUUGUUGGGGAGCUUAGCAAAGUCUUUGUGUUGUGGAAGUAAUUUUUGCUAAGUGUAAUCAUUGAACUAAAUAUUGAAUUUGUCAAAUAGUGUUGUAAACAGCUGUAGCAGCUCACGUGCCUUUCUACGUCUGUCUCUACACUCAACCCCCACAACCUCCAGAAAUCUGCAGUGAUCCUGUGUCUUCCAGUCCAAGCAACACCAGGGAAUUGCAGCCCUGCCAGAAAAGCCCUGCUUGAGAACUGGAGUUAGCAUAAGUUACACUUUACAAGAUACAUGGGAUUACUUAUACACAUUUUAACUAAAUUGGUAAGCGAAAUGUUGUUUCAUGUUUUAUUUUCCACUUAAUUUUUGAUUCGUCAUUUCAUGAUCUGAGGUGGUCAGGUGGAUGUUACUAGCCAGGGUGGCAGCCAUACAGUUUGUAUAUUACUAUCACAGCAUGGAGCUGGGAAGUGCUGCAUCCUGCCAGGGAAGGCAGAUUCAUUGACAAAUACUUUUCUUUGGUUAUUUAUUUGGGACAGCUUUGCUUCUACAGUCUCAGUGAACAAAUCUAAGGGAAGGAGAGAGUAAGAACCCCUCUGUAGUAAAAAAUCAGUUUUCAUGGAGGUUCUUCAAAUUUUUUUGAAUUUACUAUGGAUUCAAUUCUAGGACAUUGUUGGGCUUGGCUUAAAGUAUUGGCUUAGUUUUGUAAGCUUUUAAAAUGGUAUCAUUGUCAUUGCUCCAAUUUAAAGUGAUCCUUUAGGAUCUGUUUAGACCUUGUGUAGUACUGUCAUGAACAAGUUUAAAAAAGUAAAAAAGAAAAUCCAAACCACAACAACAAAAAUCCCAACCAACCCCUAGAGAAAAAACAAAACAAAACAAAACAACAAACAAUGGCAAAAUGGCCUAAUGGAGAGCAUCUUUUGGAAGACAAUUGAAAAAUUACAAACUAUACAAGAACUGGAUACAGCGUCUGCAAUGAAAGCUGCUCCUUGUUCCUUUGAGGUGUUCCAACUUUGAGUAUUUCACACUUGCUUGUAGUUUGCUGCUUUCUAAAUUGUUACCAUUAGUUUGUUAUCCUUACUCAGGCACAGGUAAGUAGCACAUAUCUACUACUGCAGGUGGAUUUGUGUUAUUAUUUGAGAAUUAUCUGUACUUAGUGUAUCUAUCUUGCCAAUCUUUCAAUAUUGAUCAAGAAGGUUUAUAUCUAACCUCAUGUUUUCCUGUGUGCUUUCAUCUUCCUGUGGCCUUUUGUGUGUUAUUGCUGGAUACCAUCAGCCAAGUGCAUGGUAUUUACUUACUGCACUACAUCAGAAAAUAGGCUUCUGUAAAGUCUAAUAGUGAAAGUUUUCAAUUCUCAAGUCACUGGAGAAUUGUUUAACAAUCAAGCCAACUUUUUUGCAUUUAAAUGAGAAAUUCAUGGAGCAAGCCCUAGAUUUGAGUUAGUGGUCUUCUUCCUGAUGAGACAAUGUAGGAAGCAGCUUUUUAGCAAGUCUGAUGUUAGCCUAGGUCACUACAAUCCAGUUUUGUAUCUACAAAUGACUAAAGAUGUAAUGCCCCUAUGCCACAUUUUCCAAAUGCUUUGUUGUGCCAAACAAGGCAAAACUUGCAAUGAUGACAUCACUCUCAGCUAAUAGUAGAGAAAAGCAAUUUGAGGAAAAGCACCUUUUUUAUGAUCUAUUUUUGUGAGAGAUACAUACAAGUGAUCAAUCAUUGAAAGCACUUACUGUAUCACAGCUAUGCCUUCCAGACCUAAACCAGCUGUACAUAUCUAAGUCACCAGCCUCUUACAGCUCUGAGCUGUACCUUGCCCUCUCCACUGCUGCUACCUUUCCCUAGCUCUCCUGAGGCAUUCACAGCUUAGAGGCAGUUACAUUUUCAGAUCUGGAGUCUGGAUGUCAGUCUAAAAUACUUGUACAUCCUGAUGAGUCAGGCAAAAGACAUGAGAGGCAUAACAGUGUCAGGAGGUUUACCUUGGGGUUGGAUGCUAUACAGACCCAUGCUCACUUGGACAAAGGAUUGGUAUUUGAUGCAUUCUCAUCUUAAUUCUCCUGAGUUCAUCUCAGACCAAUGAUUUUAAAUUUGUGCCUCUGCCUCUACCUCUUCUUAGGAUAAGCACUGGUAUGUUACAGAACUCUCACUAAAUAGCAACAAUUACAACACAGUGGUACAACCUUUUGCAAAACACGUAUUUUAUACAAUAAAGAGGGCUUGCUAACCACAGCACAAAAGCAUUGUUGUAUAUCCUGUACUGGUUCCCUUGCUUAGUUGGCUGGCUUCUUUCAUUAGGAACUAGCCUUGACCUGCUGUUUUCUACACUGGACCUCUUACCAGUAUCACCAACUCUGCAACUUGUAUUCUAAUCAAGCUUAUGAUAUUGAUGAUGUUUGUUGAAAAGUCAUUACCAUUUAGGUUGCCAAAUUCAUUCCCUUUAUACAGGUGGAUAUUGAACUGAAGAGAUAGCAUGUUUUCUUCUGGGAAUAUUUGUUUAAUUCAAAACUCCCUAGAAAGGUGUUUGAAGACAACAUACAUGAACAUACCAAUGUGAUAUGUUUGUUCCAUGUACAUUAAGUAUUCAGUAAGCAACUGUGUGCUUUAUUUUAAAAUGAGUUUGACAGAUAGCUGUAUCAGUAUUUGUGUCCAGGGUAUUUAAAAGUCAAGUAAAACUUGGAU